CCAAUGGACCUACGGUAGGGAAAGGGGCAAAAUCGGAACAAGCAAAAAAGGCACAACUCUUAAAAAAAACUCACCUCUCUCACUUUCUCUCACUAAAAACGUAAACAUGCACCGUCAAUCACUCGGAUCACAUUCACCGGCGGCAAAGCUCCACCUCUUCGCCGGCGACGGAGUCAUCAUCAGCACCGACAAUGACACUAAUUUCAUCUCCGAAGACCACCGCAAAAACAAACUAGCAUCAUGCUCCACAGUCGGUGCCGACGACGAACAACACAAGUCACAAAAGCCUCAUCAACAGAGACAGUUAUUAGUAUCUUCUUCCACAAGACUAGUUCACCUAAUUCCGGUUCUCACGUUCAUUUGCUUCUUAAUCCUCUACUUAUCGUCUCACGAUCCUUCUAGAACAGAUUUAGCUCAGUUCAGUGGAAUCGCAACGAUUUCAUCGAAGAAAACCGUCACAGAUUCAAUUGGCGUAGAUGAUAAUCUAGAAGGAUUUCUGGAGAUACGAAGCACGAGGAACCUGCAACAACAAGAAGAACGGCAUCGUCUUCACCGGAAACUCGGUCAAUAAAGUCAAACCACCGGUUCUCCGUCAGCUGAGAGGUUCACACGUGCGUAAUGCCGUUUCUAUUUCCUUUUGUGCAUGUGAAUUUGGCAUUUUCUGUAUCCGCAAAUAUACCGCGUGUGACUCAAAAAAGGAGUUUAUAAUUUAUCCUUUAUAAGUUUAUUGACCGUA